GUGGACUGAUUGCCUGUGUGCAUUGCGCAUGCCUUGAGGAGUACAACAGAACACAGAGGAUGAUGGGGCCUCCAGUGAGGAGAAGUGAGGACUUUGGCAAACUGAGGGACAGCUACAGCUAUAGCAGUGGUGACACCGACACAUCAUCAACCUCAACAUCCAGUGAUGAUGAUGACGAGGUGUACAUUGAGGAGCCAGUCAACAACUAUGUGGAGCCCACCAUAGAUGUGAUAGAUGACGAUGAUGAUGAGGAGAACAUCUACCAGCCCAGAGUGAACCUGCCCAACCGACCUGAACCAAUGUUCCACCAGCAACAUCAGACCCAGAUCCCUGAUUUCCCUGGGGCGUUGUGUAUCACAGUGACCCUUACCCCUGAAGACACCUUACCGUUGCCGUUUGAGACACCCCCCGGAUGUAGGCGACGCUCCAUCACCUCCCCGAAGCUGGAGCGUCAAGAAGCAUUCAGUUUCGGGGAGAUGUCAUCUUCGGUCACAGAUGCUCCCGGGGAAUCCAUGUCAUCGGAUGCUCCCGUGACCCCUUCGGUGGUGGUCAGUGAGUUCUUCCUCGCUGUACCCGAACUGAAACGGGAUCGAGCCGCCUCUGUGGACUCGUGUUUCAUCCAGAAGAGCAACGCACCCCGGGCGGAGGAGAUCGACGAGAAGGCUCUCCUGCAGCCUCCUGCCGGCGUAUCCACUAGAUCGCGGUCAGUAGACAUUGUUCUGCCCACCGAACAGCAGGCUCGCUACAAGGCACUUGCUAUGACUCCAGCACAUGAUUCUGGGAAAGCGGUUGGUGGGGAGAGUGGAGGAGGCGGUGGAGUGGGAGGAGGAGGAGGAGGAAGUGAGAGAGCUGUGAGAGCGACGCCUGAUUGGAGUGAGACAGCUGUCAACGGAGAUCAUCUUUGGUCUCCCACAUCGGCGUCUGGGGAUUUCUGCUAUGUUGGCGAGAAUGAGUGCACGAAACACGGGCAACGCAUGAAGUGUUCGGCGUGCAAGAUAGUGGCCCACCUGGGUUGCAUCAGCAUCCUCAUGGACCGCGUCAAAUUCACAUGCAAACCCACCUUCCGUGACGUCGGCGUCAGGCUGUACAGGGAGCAGACCUGUAUCCACCAUCACUGGGUGCAUAGGAGGUCACAGAAGGGAAAAUGCAAGCAGUGCGGAAAGUCAUUCCAGUCGAAACUUUCGUUUAGUUCGAAAGAGAUAGUUGCGUUGAGCUGCUCCUGGUGUAAAAUCGCCUUCCACAACAAGGAAUCCUGUUUUAAUUUGCAGAAAAUUGGCGAAGAAUGCAAUUUAGGUUAUCAUUCAAGUAUCGUAGUGCCUCCAUCUUGGAUUGUGAAGCUGCCACGAAAAGGAAGCUUCAAGUCCAGUCUAAGAAAAUCACCAAAAAAGAAGCCAUCCAGCAAAAAGCGUAGUAAAGAAAAGACGGAAAAAGAGCAGAAGACGUUUGUGAUGAAGCCGAUUCCGACGGCGAACGUGCACCCUGUAAUUGUGUUCAUCAACCCCAAAUCGGGGGGCAACCAGGGCACCAAACUGCUGCAGAAGUUUCAGUGGCUGCUCAACCCCCGCCAGGUCUUCGAUCUCACCCAGGGCGGGCCAAAAAUGGGGCUAGAACUGUUCCGGAAAGUGCCUAACUUGCGUGUGCUUGCGUGCGGGGGGGAUGGCACCGUUGGCUGGGUGCUGUCUGUGUUGGACCAACUCAACGUGCAGCCACCCCCUGCUGUGGGGGUGCUACCUCUCGGCACCGGCAACGACCUGGCAAGGGCUCUUGGCUGGGGGGGUGGCUACACGGACGAGCCAAUCUCGAAAAUCCUGUCGAACAUCGGAGAGAGCGAGGUGGUGAAGCUGGACAGGUGGAGCCUCAAAGUGGAGAAGAACCCCAAUGCAGAGGCCAACGAGGAGGGAAAAGAGAACCUCCCUCUCAACGUUGUUAACAACUAUUUCUCGCUAGGGGUUGAUGCGCAUAUAGCUCUCGAGUUCCACGAAGCUAGGGAGGCGCAUCCUGAACGAUUCAACUCGCGCUUGCGCAAUAAGAUGUUCUAUGGUCAGAUGGGAGGCAAAGACCUGUUGAGGCGGAAGUGGAAGGGGUUGGCAGAACUGGUGACCUUGGAGUGCGACGGCAAGGACAUGACCCCCAAGCUCAAGGACCACAAAGUGCAUGCUAUUGUCUUUCUCAACAUUCCUAGUUAUGGUGGUGGAACGCACCCGUGGAAUCGAGCGAGUGGAGGGGAGCAAUCAACCGAAGAUGGCCUUAUCGAAGUUGUUGGACUUACUACUUAUCAAUUGCCUUUACUGCAAGCAGGGGGCCACGGCACGAGUAUUUGCCAGUGUCAGACUGCCAAGAUCGUGACCACGAAGACAAUCCCCAUGCAAGUGGACGGAGAGGCAUGCAAGUUGACGCCUUCCAUCAUCCAAAUGAAUCUGCUCAACAAGGCGCCUAUGCUGGCCAAGCGACGCGGUGGCAAGGCUAAUAUUCCGCAAGCUACAUUAGAACAACUGAAAGUCACAGUGCAAAGGAUCAAUAUGGCUGACUAUGAGCAACACCAUUACGAUAAAGAAUUACUCAAACAAGCUGCGAUUACAAUGGGUUCAAUCGAGGUGAACCCAGUCUCAGACUUGGAGCAGGUGCGGCAAAUGGUCAAUAAACUGCAAGAGUCGAAAACUGAUCAGCCAAAACUGUCUCCUGAUUGGUGUUUUGUCGAUUCGUGUACAGCCGAACGUUUCUUCCGUGUGGACCGCGCGCAGGAACAUCUCCACUAUCUGACCGAUAUAGCCAAUGAGAUGCUCUACAUUCUAGAUACGGUUACUGCGCAGACGCCAGACGAUGACCCGCCAAAUUCGAAUUCCGGCUUUCCCGCGCCAAGUUCAAAUUCAAACCAUCAGUCGCCCAGCAGUUUGCUCGGAGACCAGACUACGCCUGAACUAAGUCCCAGCGACGAUAUGCCUCGCUCGUUUGGCAAGUCAAAGUCCCAAGACUCGUUCGCUAGCAUGACCACAGACGAUGAAAGCUCAACAGAGCGCAGGAAGUAUUUCGGAGCGCCGCCAUCUUUGCAGCGGCAAGAUUUGAAUUUGGCGCUCCUGUCGCCCGACGACCAAUCGGAUGCGUCCGAUUUUAUGCGCAUGCGCGGAUCGCCGCUAGCCAGCGACAAUGCCUACAUUAGGAAAAUACAUGAGAAACUUUUCGGUUUAAAUUUUACAAAUGUAAGCAACCUUUUGGAGAAGACAUCUGAUGGGAUCAUCGAAGCGGCUCGUAGUGGCAACCUCAAAAUGUUGAAGGAUUUACACGAGCAAGGCUUUUCUCUGCUAUCAAUAGAUGCUUCGGGACAGACUGCUCUGCACUACGGAGCCAGAUACGGACAUAAGGACAUUGUUAGAUAUCUGGUGGCCAGUGCUCCUACGUCCAUUCUCAACAUGGCUGAUAAUAAUAAGGGUCAAACAGCGCUGCAUAAGGCGGCAGCAGCGAGGAGACGCAGCAUAUGUUGCAUGCUAGUUGCAGGUGGGGCAUGCCUCAACAUGGAAGACAAUCAGGGCAAGACUCCAAGGAUACUGGCAAUGCAAGCUGAGGACCACGAACUAGCUGACUAUCUUGAAAGUCAAGAGAACUUUCAAUUAGUCACUGAUAACUUGGAGACUGUCGUCUAAGCUUAGAACUGAAUUGACUGAAAAAAUGAAAUGUGGAAUUACUGUCAAUUAUUACUGUCACUUUAUGUGUAAAAAUGAUUUAAUCAUAAAUCUAUGUAUACUGGGUACUGUUAUUGCAUGUGACGAAGUUCACAAAACUAAUUUUUUCUAAUACACUAGAAAUAAAAAUUUAUGCCUUGUAACUUAAAAAUAGUUUUUACCCAUUCUCAAAAGCACAUCACGCCUGCGUGGUGUAUUUAUAGUAAUAUUGUUAAAUAUUUAGAAUUCUUGGUGUGAAUCAAAAUUGUUAUUGUAUAUAUAUAUUUCUACCUAUUAGAAAUGAAACUUAAGAUUACGUUCAAUAAAGUAUUAAGAAAAUAAUUCUUGAGUAAGAGAAUAGUUUUCAUUUAAUAAUGUAUUACAUUUUUAGUUUUAUUUAUGACAAUGUCCAGAUAACUUGGUUAUCAUCGUGUUGUAGUAAUGUUUUUAACAAGGUAAUUAUAGUGACCUACUUGUAAUCUACAUGAAUUAUUAUGGAUUAUUAAUCAUCGUCGUUAUGAUUAUUAAUAUACUACAUAAUCUUUUAUAUAAUACAUAAUUCUAACAACCUUGGGUAAUAAUGAAAAGUGAGAGAUGACUCCCUUCAAGGUUUCUUCAUCUUUUGUUCUAGUUUUUUAUUUGCAUAAAUGAGUUUUUCUCAUUUAUUCUCAGUGAAUUGUAUUUUACUUUAAAUAGUCCACUAUGACUAUCUUAGA